AUGGCGGGCGGCAUGGCCCCGGUCUUCACUUCGGCUUCUAGUGGACGGAAUCACGGAUACGCAUCGAGAGCCUCCAUGAAGCUAGGGAUCAUACGGACCAACGCGGACUACGGACAAAUUCGCAAAAUCGUUAGCUUGACACAGUCCCGCGAUGGGACCAUCAUCAUCCAUGACCUUGAAUUAUCGUGGCCGAUGCCGCCAUGCACGACAGAAUCUUCUUCCAAGGGAAUCCACCCCUUUUUGCUGCUUCAGUAUCAGCAUGCCAGGCAAGCCUUUGAUUACAAGCUUGUCAGUGUCGUCUGCUUGCGAGAUAUCCGCACCAUGAUGCAGCAGGGGCCUUUUUUGGAAUUGCCUCAUUUGGUUUGGUCGCUGCCCACAAGAACCCCCCGUGCCAAAUCUUCCACUGCUCAGAAGUCUUCCUGGGAUCCUGGAAGCUGGCACUGGCAGACAACGAUAUCCGCACACACCGCAACUGCAAAACCCGGGCACGUCUUGGCAGCCAUGGACCAGCAGCGAUGCCCGUUUGCCAACUUGUCGUCAGGUCCUUGA